CUUUCUUUGUGUUCAGCUUAUAUGUUGUGUGGUUGUUAGAGGAGAGAGUUGAAGAGUUUAAUGGAGAAAGAAUUUGAUAAAAUUAAUAUGUCACUAGAUGACAUAAUCCGUACCAGCAGAUUGUGCCAUCCUAAACUGCAUGGCAGUAGAAAAUGUACACAAGAUGAGAGGGGCCGCAGUAGGAGCCGCAGUCGCAACGCAUGUAGAGGCCAGCAGUGGCGUCUAGAACGAGGUCGACAGCAGCAUUUAACUGAUAACCUGCCCCCACGAUCAAGAAGCAGGAGCCAGGCCUCAUACAGAAGUAACAGUCCAGUUCCAUCACUGCUUUCUGUACCAGUUGUUCCACCUCGAGGCAGAAGUCGACCACGUCAAAAUUAUUCAUUUUGCAGUCAGAAACCAACUUUUGUGCAGCGUAUGGGGUGGCGAAAUGGAUUGGGAGUCAACAUACGAAAACACCGUCUGGGUUUUUCUGCUUCCAGUACAUCAGUCCGUCGGCCAACAACAUCUUUACAGCUGUUGCAGCUAGCAAAGAAGAGAGUGCAAAUUGCAAAAAAUAUACUAAAUGCUAGACACCAGUCAUACCUCAAACAGCUGCAACAGUACAGACGUGAAGUAUUAGAAGAUUCCUUUCAGAUGCCACACUACAGAGUGGAGAAUAUGCAAGAGUUUCCAGCCUUGUUUUCUGAAAUCGGGGAUUGUAACAGGAUUUCACAUAACCGUAUAGGCAGGCAACGAGUUCACACAAAAAAUUACUCAGAAGGAACAUUGAGUGUUACGUUUGAAAAUGAACUGGCAAACUCCCAGACUCGCACACGUACAGUUGAAAAUGGUUCCAUCCCACUGGGUUUCAAGCCAUCAGAAGCCUUAACUGUACCUCCACAAACAAUGGUUAAUGGCUAUAUAAUUCGAAAUCCAUCUUUAGGAAAAGUUACUAAUGAUGAUGGUGUAUAUGUGUCAAAUGAAAAUGUCAGACAGACAGGUACAAAUGACUCAUUACCAGUACUUGUAUCAAGUUCAGACUUUCCCCAACUGAUUCACAGACAUAAUGAAUGUAACAUGGAUAAAAAGAGGAUCAUACAUCCAGCAAACACAGUUCAAACACUAAAUCAGCGAUUCAGUAAUUACAGAGUGGUGUGCUUGUAAUAAAUUUUUGUUCAGUGAUGAGUGUGUAGUUAGAUACAGUGUUAUAUAUCAAGUGCUAUUUUGUACAGAAGCCUUCCACCCUAUUCACCUGUAUUGCAGUUGUCAAAACUGGUCAGCAGUAUAUCUGUUUCUUAUUGUUGUAAUUAGCAAAAGCAAUAUUGUGUUCUUAACAUGAUUGUCAUUUCAUAGCUAGCUCAUUAGCUAUGGUUUUGUCAUCAUAAUUUGAAAUCCAUUUCCUGAAUUGACCUGUUUGCGAAGGCUGUUUAUGUAUAAGUUAAGUUAUCCCUGGAAUUUUCUUACAUUCAGAGAUUUGUUUUCACAGAAAUACCAAAUACAUUUAACAGAAUUUGAAAGUCUGCCUGGGAGAUGCCAUUUGAUUUAAAUGUUUUAUUUUAAUUUGGUCCACACACACAACAAGGGCCUGUAAACUACCGAGAUAGCUAACCUCAGAAUAGUUUGAAUGAGCUACCAGUAGUCUGCAUUCCACUUGUUGACAUUCCAGCUCUCCUUAGCUGGAAAAAAAGAAAAAAAACCUUGCACUUAAUAUUGAGAGAUAGUAGGAAAUCGCAACUGAAAUUAUAUAACAACAGUUUCAAGGGAAACAUGAUAUACAGAACAUCCUGUUUAAAUUUUGAUGCUAGAGUCGAAUAAAUGCAGCUUGUACUUUUUCAGAAGGAACCCUGUCUCCUCUUUGUGCUUGAAACUUGUCUCUUUCUGAUCUCUGUGUCACUCAAUACUCCUGAAUUUCAUUUAAAGAAAGUACAUAAUUAUAUAUUAAUAACAAAAAUAUGGUACUGAAAUUUCUGUGUUCCAAUUUACUUCUGAGGAUAGAUGAUCUGAUUGUUUAGUUCAUUCUUGGCCACAAUUCACUUUUACCAGAAAAUUUGAAAAACGUUAAAUGUAACACAACAGAAAUUGUUGCAAUACAUUUACCAUCAGAGAUUGUCUUGCUUCUGUAGAUGCCAGCUGUACUGUCAUGGUUUUACCAACACAGUACAAAAUUCUUAAAUGGACAGUACUACAUCUGUGAUACACAAAUAAGGACAGCAUUUUCUUAUUUUGUAUGCACUCAAAUAUGGGAUAGUGUUAAGAAUGUACAUGUCCCUAAUUGAACAGAUCAUUUCAAUUUUUCAUAAGAUUUUUCAAAAUGUUAACUAAUUUGGUAACAGUUUGGAACUACAUUGUUCAAUUGUUAACAAUUAAUAAGCUGAACUGAUUGAUGGUUCACUAAAUAAGUUCCCAUGUUGUCGUGGACUGUGAUAGGAUGUGACUUUUACCAGUUUUUAGGUGUAGGAAUCACAUUUUUUUGCCUUUAAUGCAAGAAGGCAAAUAAUGCCACUGUAUUUAAUGAUUGGGAUAGCACACUUGUGAGAACUCUCAGGAUAUUGAAGUUACUGCAAUGUGAAACAGCAUAAAAAAAAUACGCCGCACUAUCUGCGUCUUCAUUAUUAAGGGCUCCUCAUUGAAUUGCAUUUAUUCCUCAUUAUUGUUCUGUGUUUUAUUUAAUUUGAUUGUUGACUGACUUUUCUUAAGUUGGCUUUUACAUGUUAGUUUUCUGAGUACUUUUGCAUUUUCUUUUGUAAUCUUCAAUGUUACUGGAAAAAAGAAGAGAGAAAAUAGUAAUUUUGUUCGUUGUAUAAAUGCUUAAACUAUAGACCUGAUAUUUUUAAACAUUGUGUGAUCUGUUUUA